AGUAGUAGUACUACUAAUAAUAAUAAUACUAUGUAACUGUUGCAAUAUACUAUCAAUGGUAAUAAUAUGAGUACUUUAAUAUUUCGUCAAAAGUCAUCCUUUAGUGAACCCGACUCAGAAACCCGCGUGAAUCAUCGUUUAACCAAUUAAAAACGAUUAUGAUUCUUUUACGUCAUGUUGUAACUAUCAUCGCGUUCUCCUAAAAUAUGGGGACUUAUUAAAGCUUCACUUAAAUGCUCUGUCGUAACUUCUCUUCUCAUUAUGAAUCGGACAUGUCAGAUUGAGUUGGUUUUCCGAACUUGAUGUGUUGAUUCGGUUGAUUCCGGUAGAUUCAAUAACCGCGCAGACCGUUUGUUUGGACAGAUUCAGUAAAAAGAUCCGACUCAAAAACAAAACAAUAUAUGAUUCGUUCACGAAUAUUGCUCGUUAAGGACUGAGGCGAUGUGUGUUAGCUAUAACGCUUUUCCGUUAUAGGUUAAACUUAUGAACGUUUGAUUUUUUUCCACUGUUCAUUUUUCAGAACUUUCCUACUUUAACGUUACUAUCCACUUGUUUGGUUCAGGAAAACUUUAAUGAUUUUAAUUUGAACGUCGUCACACACAUUCGAGGUCUGAAGAAGGAUUAAUUGCAACAUCAAUACUUUUGAUUAGCUUCUGUGCGAACUGAAGAGACAAACAUAAGCAUGUUUAAAGACAAAACGGCAUGGUUCUCCAGCAGUGUUGGAAAGGGGCUAACUAGCUUCUGGGUUUCUGAAGGGGGAGCUCUUUCUUCCUGGAAAACAGCAGAUUACCUCUUCAGUAAUGAUGCCUCUUCUGAAGACACUAAAAGGAUAUAUAACAGUGAGGACUAUAUAAAGAACAGGGCAACAGUUUUCCACUGCAAUUUCCUGUCAGCAUGUAAACCUCGCCAGAGUGUAAAAUCUGUGCCUAUUGGCCACUACGUGCUGCCUCCAGACUCCAUCCAGAAUGAAAUGAGAGUGCUAAUUGGAAGGUUCAUUUGGGAAACGGAUGAACAGGUGAUGUGUGAAGAACAAAAAACAACCAAAAUGUCUGAAGACAGUCUAUCCGAUGAGACUGAAGAUCCACCAGUGAGUGAGAAAAACAGCCAGGAAGAUUACCAGUCUGUUGCAUCACCGAACAAAGUGUGUUCAUGCUGUGAGAUGCGGCAGUAUCCUGUAAACAACAUGAUCUCAGGUAAUUACUUAACACAUAAAACUGACACCCUACUAAAGUUCUCACAUUUAGAAACUGUUUAUUGUUCUGUCUCUUUUUCAGGGUAUGCUCAUAUCGACCAAAUGAAGAAGUAUUUAGGGGAACUUUAUGAUUUUCAUCCCUCCCUCCAUGGCCAUAAUGUUUCGAGAUCUAAUAAUGUGACACCUCCUUAUUGUCACAAAGAAAUGUAAUAUAACGUGCCUCUAUAAAUCCACUU